AUGGCUGACCUUCCUGUUCAUACAAUCGUGUUUGAGAUAUUAACGAGGGUGCCAGCGAAGGAUGUAGGUCAUUCUAAGAGUGUAUGUAAGCAAUGGUACGUGUUACUGUCAACACAAGAUUUCGUAAGGAUACAUUGUUCUCGCUCAUUAGUUUCAUCUAACCAGAGAGUUCUACUAAUUGACGACCUAACAUGCUCUGUUCAUCCGAUCAUCUUUCAAUCCAAUGACUAUGGGCCAAGCUCCAUAGUUACAUUUCCAUUCCAUCACCAUAAUAAUGAUGUCUCAAUACUUUCACAUUUGAACGGAUUGUUGUGUGUUUGCUUGAAUCAUAUAUACGAGCUGCUUCUUUGGAAUCCAACAACUACUGCUUUCAAGCAUUUGUCAACCCCUGAUUCUCAUGGAUUCUAUAUAAAUAACCUUGAUGCCAUUGGUUUGUACGUUGACGCUGACGAUGAUUACAAGGUCUUGCAUAUAAAGCGUAGGAGUGGUGUACUUGGUGUCUAUGUUUAUUCUAGGGAAGUAGACUCUUGGAGAAAUAUUCCUUUCAUAACAAGACAAGAGUACCUAAGCCCUCAUUUCAAUUGGUCAGCUGGCACAUUUUGUGGUGGUACUCUAUAUUUCACUGUUUGCGAAUGUUGGAAUGGAGGUACGAAUGUGGUGAUUUGUUUUGAUGUUAAUUCGGAGCAAUUCAAGGAGAUAAGCUUUCCACCCGUUCCUUCUACAGGAAUGGUUCAAGGUGUUUUAGUGAAUGUAAAAAAAUGA